UCUCUCUCUCUCUCUCUCUCUCUCUCACUCUCUCACACACUCUCACUUACUCUCACACACUCACUCAAACUCACACUUGCACACACACACGCACAUUAUUGCUGUCACCUUUUAUUCCUACCCAAUGCUUUACUUAGGCCUACAUUAAUUAUAGAUUUUUAGGGACAUUACAUCAUUUUCUCACACACAAAAGCAUGGCACCUGGAGCCACAACACGGCAGUGUACUGUUUGCUAUAAAGAGAUCGGCAGCGCCUCCAAAUCAUGUAAACAUUGUGGAAUAACAGUUAAACAGAAGAAAAGUCUGGAACACCAAAAACUUAAAUUUAAUUACCAAUGGGCAGCCAAAUUAAAAAAAGAUGGAAAUAUUUGCAAAAUCAUGAAUUCUGUUGACUUGAUUGUAAGUUUUAUUUUAAUAUGACUUUUUUUUUUUUUUUUUUUUAAAUUGAAACAAAAAGCCUGUUAGCACUAAAGUGAGUUUUUAACUUUAAUGUAUACUCUUGUUUAAAAACAUUUUGUUCUCUCUUCUCAGCUCCAUAAGUUGGAAUUACUAGGUGUCUCACCGAUGCUUUUUAUCACAACACAGAAAGGCCAGCACCGCUCUACAAAAGUUUUAGUUAAAAGUGCGUACAUUCAGAGCCAUCCCUCAGUUCCAGUUAUGCAGAGGCUUUAUGAGGCUGUUACAAGAGGGAACAACCCUACUUCUGUGUCCAACACCUCUGUGUCCAGUGACCCCGCAUCUGUGUCCAACACCUCUGCGUCCAGUGACCCCGCCUCUGUGUCCAACACCUCUGCGUCCAGUGACCCUGCCUCUGCAUCCAGUGACCCCGCCUCUGUGUCCAACACCUCUGCGUCCAGUGACCCCGCCUCUGCAUCCAGUGACCCCGCCUCUGUGUCCAACACCUCUGCGUCCAGUGACCCCGCCUCUGCAUCCAGUGACCCCGCCUCUGUGUCCAACACCUCUGCGUCCAGUGAUCCCGCCUCUGUGCGCAACACCUCUGCCUCUGCGUCCAGUGACCCCGCCUCUGUGUCCAACACCUCUGCGUCCAGUGACCCCGCCUCUGUGUGCAACACCUCUGCCUCUGCGUCCAGUGACCCCGCAUCUGUGUCCAACACCUCUGCGUCCAGUGACCCCGCCUCUGUGUCCAACACCUCUGCGUCCAGUGACCCCGCCUCUGUGUGCAACACCUCUGCCUCUGCAUCCAGUGACCCCGCCUCUGUGUUUAAAAGCUCCACCUUUUCAGCCAGUGACCCUCCGUCUGUGUCCAAUGACCCCGCUUUCGCAUCCAUCAAUUCCACCACUGCGGCCAAUCACCCUGCAUCUGUGUCCAGCAACUCCGCCUUUCAGACCAGUGGAACUGCUUCUUUGUCAAAUGACCCCACCCCUGCAUUUAACGACCACACCUCUGUGCCCAACGACUCCACCUUUACAGUCAAUAUUUCCAAUGUGUUCUACAAGCCAAUAAAGAGAAAGGGGAGACAAAUACAUAAUGGGAAGAAAAGAAUAUCUUUUUCGUUGGCAGCCUUGCACAUCUUGUGGCAAGAAGUGGCGGAGUACAUGGGUGUCCGAGGAUGCUGUACAGUAGUUUGCGAACUAUUUGCUUCUGUUUAAAUUCAUACACAUUUGACAUAUCAGUGCAUAUAAUGAAAUAAAUACAAAAUAUGAGUAGUAAUUGUGUUUCAAUGAAUUUGUUUUAACAAAUACAUUGUACUUGAACAGUGGAUGCAUGCCUAUGUUAAUCUUGCAAAACAGCAAAGCAUCUAUCAUAUAAUACAUCCUACAAUAAAGUAUUGUGUUCUAAAAUGAAGUGUUUAAUGUUGUACAUUAAAAAUGGGGUUUCAUUAAAAAAUUAUUUUAUGAUUGAUUUGUAAGAAAAGUAUCCUGAUUCUUUUAAUAAAAUGAUGCAGUAACAUUGAUAUAA